AUGUUCAAAUACGCCGUUGUCAUCUGCGCUCUGAUUGCCUGUGUGGCCGCCAAGCCGGGACUACUCCAUGCUCCACUGGCCACUCCCCUGUUUGCUGCUCCUGCUCCCGUUGUGACUGCAGCCAGCAGUCAGGUGGUGGCCAGGACCUUCAAUGGCAUUGCGACGGCUCCAGUGAUUGCCCAAGUCCCCGUGGCUCCCGCACCAGUUCCAGUCGUUAGGACUGUUGCAGCUCCUUUUGCUGCACCUCUGGCUGCUGCUCCUUUGCCGGCUCCCAUUGUCCGAACUGUGACAGGUCCAGUGCCGGCACACUUUGCAGCUCAAUAUACCGCUCCCUUUGGAGCUGCCUACGCUGCUCCCUUCGCCCAUCCCUAUGGUACACCUGUCAUUGCCAAAUACUCGGCUCCCUUGGCCUAUGCACCAGCACCACUGAACUAUGCAGCGCCCGCACUGUGGUAGAAUUAACCAACCAACCGUCCCAUGUGUGUUCA